UAGUAUCUUUAAUUCAGCCAUUCUAUGAGCUUUCUGAUAAACAUGACAACGCAUGUAAUUCUUCUUCUUCUUCUGCUUCUGGUUGUCACUGACCUGGUAGCUUCAGACUCAUACUCAAUCAUUAAAACACUGCCAGGCUUUCCUGGUAAUCUUCCAUUCAAACUCGAAACUGGUUAUAUUGGAGUGGGCGAUUGGGAUAACGAGCAGUUAUUCUAUUACUUCAUUGAAUCCGAAAGGAGUCCUGAAGAUGACCCUCUUUUGCUUUGGCUCACCGGAGGCCCUGGUUGUUCUGGCUUUUCUGGCCUUGUCUAUGAAAUUGGUCCAUUGUCGUUUGACUACAAAAAAUCCGGGGAGAACUUACCAACAUUUGUGUUGAAUCCAUAUUCGUGGACAAAGGUUGCCAACAUAAUAUUUUUAGAUGCACCCGUUGGCACUGGAUUCUCAUAUGCCAAAAGUUGGCAAGGAUAUAACAUGACCGAUACACUUUCAGCAGCAUUAACCUAUUCUUUUCUAAGAAAGUGGCUUAUGGCUCAUCCCAAAUUCCUCAAGAAUCAACUCUACAUUGUUGGAGAUUCUUACUCGGGCAUAAUUGUUCCAAUCAUUGUUCAGGAAAUAUCUGAAGGUCUUGAUGCCGGGAUCGAACCAAUAUUGAAUCUCAAAGGAUAUGUACUUGGCAACCCAGAUACAGAUGAAAACAAAGACAUAAAUUCAAGAAUUCAGUUCUCUUAUCUAAAGGCACUAAUCACCCAUGAAAUCUACGAGUCAGCCAAAAUAAAUUGUAAGGGCGAGUACGUUAAUGUAGAUCCAAGCAAUGGUUUAUGUAAAGCUGAUCUUCAAAAUGUCACAACUUGCACUCAAAAUUUAUAUUCGGCCAACAUAUUGGAACCUGAUUGUAGUAUUUAUGCAUCACCAAAACCAAAGCUAUUGAAUUGCCAUCGCUCCAUCUUCAUGGAACAAGAUUUUUCUGAUUUUCUCCUUUCGCCAACUCGACCUCCAACUCCCUGGUGUCGGGUUUAUAACUACUAUUACUCAUACGAAUGGGCAAAUGAUAAAACUGUUCAGAGAGCUCUAGGAGUUCGAGAGGGAACAAUAAAGGAUUGGGCAAGAUGCAAUAAAAGUUUAUCUUACAUAGAAGAUAUAAAAAGUAGUCUUAAUUAUCAUCGAAACCUAACCAAGAGAGGUUAUCGAGUUCUAAUUUACAGCGGGGAUGUUGACAUGGUAAUUCCAUACGUGGGAACAGAAACAUGGAUCAAAUCACUAAAUUUGACAAUUGACAGCGGUUGGCAACCAUGGUCUGUUGAAGGUCAAGUUGCAGGAUACUGGAUGCGCUACAUAGAAAGCAUUUAUAGUUUGACAUAUGCCACAGUGAAGGGAGGGGGCCAUACUGCUCCAGAGUAUAAGCCUAAAGAAUGUUUAGCCAUGAUCAGCAGGUGGUUAGCCUUAUACCCUCUCUGAGCUAUGUUUCAUCCUAUACAUCAACAUCAACGACUAUAUGGGGCAUGUCAUUAAGAGAAUAUUGUAUUAUUAGGAAUAUUAUAUUAAUGAGAAGAUAGAUUACCUUGAAGAUUAUUAAGAAUGUUAUAUUAAAUGUGUU